GAGAAUCUUAAAGAUUCAACAUUUAGGGUGCCUGAAAUACAUAACAAUCCAGCUUUUGCUCUAUGGAGCCUCGUGAUAAUCAAGCCGAGGCUUCAUAUACAUUUGGUGAUCGAUCGAGCAGUGACAUAGUUGUUAGACUAAGAAACGAAGAAGGCCGUGAUGAUUGGAUCUAUUGCCAUUCCAAAAUCCUUAGUGAGAAAAGCCAGUACUUCGCUGACCGUCUCUCUGAUAAAUGGCCCACUUGCAAGAUUCUUGAUUCACGCUACUGUGUUGAGGUCAUCUGUCAAGAAUCAGACUAUGAUCACCAUAUCAAUCUCUUAAGACUUCUCUAUCUUGUCUCUGAUGAUGUCCAUGAGGAUAACUUGUGUCAUAAUGUGAAAAGUGCGUUGGGGAUUCUCUCUGUCGCUAAAGAACUUAGUUGCCCUCAGAUUGUCACUGCUUGUGUGAACUACUUGGAAGCUGUUCCAUGGGAAGAAGGCGAAGAGGAAGAGAUUCUGCGGACUGUACCGAGAAUUGGAUCAGAAGCAGAGCCGAUUCUUGCCCGUCUCCAACCAGUUGAUCAGUCCGCUGUUACUGAAAUCUUUGUAUCGGCUUUUAGGUUUGCUACUUCGUCCCCGCCUUUGCCCUUGGGUGACAUAAAAUCCUCGGCUCAAGAACAGAUUGAGUAUAUGAUAACCGAAGAUGACGAUGCACCGUUGUUGAUUGCUGAUGAAGAAGUCAAGCUUGAAGUAAAAGAAUGUGUAAAGAGCCUGUUUGGUAGAUUCUUCCAAUGUCUAGAAGAAACCUCUUUCAAACCCGUCGAGUCUGAGGUUAUUAACAAAAAGGGGUCUUUUAGGAUGGUUCUUUCAGAUUUGUCGUGGGCUUUUCAGAUAUUAACAAAGAUGGAAGUGGUUAGAGAUUUUGUUAUAACAUGGGUUGACAUAUCUGAGAAGUUAGUUAAGGUAGUUGAGCAGUUGGAAACAACAGUUGCAGAGACUGUUGAGAUAAGAGUCAAGGUCAUUGAGGUGACUGCAAAAGUCAUAGAGGCGAUCGGUUAUGGAACAGUGAUAUUGCCAACAGCGAAAAGGCUUGAGAUGGUAAAACUAUGGCUUCCUUUUGUAAGAAACACAAAGCCACUUGUUGACUCACCGGUUACUGAAGAUGAGGAGAAUGGUACUGUGAGAUAUAAAAUUGAUGGAGAGAUAUGGCAAGCUUUAGAAUCUUCCUUUGUAUCGAUAAUUCUGGCAUUGCCAUCCGCAGACCAAGCUGAGAUAUUAACGGAAUGGUUAGGCAAGAAUGGGUUGUAUCCGGAUUUGACAGAAGCUUUUGAGGUUUGGUGUUACAGAUCAAAAGUCGCAAAGAGAAGAUUGGGUUUGCUUGGCGGCGAGGAAGAUGAGAACGGUAUGUCUUAACUCGUUUCCUGGGCUCUGAAUGAAGAAAGAGUAACAUUUAGUUUGUUUUUUGUUGUUGUGUAGAUGUCUGUCUUUUAACCCUUUUUGUGUGUUCUCUGUCAAAUCCUUCAUAUUAUCCAUUGGCAGUUUCCACAAAUCUGUAAAUACUGAUGACAAAGAUCUUGUCUUUUUUUAAUCGCUAAGAGAUAUUUCCUACUAAAAUUAAAUCUGUAGA